AUGUCUCAUCCACACGCACACCUACAACAGAAUGAAAACAGCGAUCGGUACAAGUUCCAGCAAAAUAAUACUAACAGAGAAUUACAAUUGAAUGAAAACAGCGAAUUGUUCAAAUUCCAGCAAAAUAACUCUAACAAUGGAUUGCAACAGAAUGAAAACAGCGAACACAAAUUGCAGCAAAAUAAUACUAACAGAGAAUUGCAACUGAAUGAAAACAGCGAAUGGUUCAAAUUCCAACAAAAUAACUCUAACAUUGGAUUGCAGCAAAAUAACUCUAACAGCGGAUUGCAAGAGAAUGAAACUGAAAAAAGAAUAUUCCAACAACAAAUUCAAAAGGAAGAAACCGUAACUAAUUAUUACAGACAAGUAAUCUAUGAGAUCUCGCAGCGAAAAAAUAUGUCUCACUCACAUCUACAUCAACAAAAGAACGAAAACAGCGAAUGGUACAAAUAUCAGCAAAAUAACGCUAACA